AUGAAGUUGAAAACAGUUGUGCAAGCCAUUCUGGCUGAGUUUCGGUACCUACUUGAUACUGCUGAUCUUGAUCUCGAGUCUGGAGUAUCGAUUCCUAUCGGAUUUAAAACGCCUACAACUAAGCGCUUCCUGUCGGCUACAUCCCAUCCGCUGAUGUCUCAACAGAAAGCUGUAAAAGUUGCCAAAAAGAGCGAAGGUAUAAAGUAUCUGACUGGGUCGGUCAAAACGGUCACGCACGGACGCUCUCUCAAAUAUCCUACUGAGACUUUGUUUUUGUUGGACGAAGUCAAAACGUCAUAG